AUUCCUGCGCGGGCGGGAGCUGCGGGCGCUCGGGGCAUAAGGCGAGGACGCACCGGCAUUAAUGGAAUAGGAGAACUCCCGAAGCUUUUAGGGCCCUGGGAAAGGGGGCGUGGCUGGAAACGGAGCUACUGGCUUCGGAGAAUUCUGUGACCCUCACCGCCGCGACGACCCCGAGGAAACGCUGUCAGGUCGCCUUUGGUUGGCAAGGCGUGGUUGUCCUCGCUGUCCCGCGCCUCGGCGGAAUGGGCACCUCACUAGCCCUGGCACUAGCUAGCAUCGCUCUAAACUCAAGAGGCCUGAAUAUUUGGACAAGAUGGCAGAUUCAUCAUCAUCUUCCUUCUUUCCUGAUUUUGGGCUGCUAUUGUAUUUGGAGGAGCUAAACAAAGAGGAAUUAAAUACAUUCAAGUUAUUCCUAAAGGAGACCAUGGAACCUGAGCAUGGCCUGACACCCUGGACUGAAGUGAAGAAGGCCAGGCGGGAGGACCUGGCCAAUUUGAUGAAGAAAUAUUAUCCAGGAGAGAAAGCCUGGAGUGUGUCUCUCAAAAUCUUUGGCAAGAUGAACCUGAAGGAUCUGUGUGAGAGAGCGAAAGAAGAGAUCAACUGGUCGGCCCAGACUAUAGGACCAGAUGAUGCCAAGGCUGGAGAGACACAAGAAGAUCAGGAGGCAGUGCUGGGUGAUGGAACAGAAUACAGAAUUAGAAUAAAGGAAAAAUUUUGCAUCACUUGGGACAAGAAGUCUUUGGCUGGAAAGCCUGAAGAUUUCCAUCAUGGAAUUGCAGAGAAAGAUAGAAAACUGUUGGAACACUUGUUUGAUGUGGAUGUCAAAACCGGUGAACAGCCACAGAUUGUGGUGCUUCAGGGAGCUGCUGGAGUUGGGAAAACAACCUUGGUGAGAAAGGCAGUGUUAGAUUGGGCAGAGGGCAAUCUCUACCAGCAGAGGUUUAAGUAUGUUUUUUAUCUCAAUGGGAGAGAAAUUAACAAGCUGAAAGAGAGAAGCUUUGCUCAAUUGAUAUCAAAGGACUGGCCCAGCACAGAAGGCCCCAUUGAAGAAAUCAUAUCCCAGCCAAGUAGCCUCUUGUUUAUUAUUGACAGUUUCGAUGAACUGAACUUUGCCUUUGAAGAACCUGAGUUUGCACUGUGCGAAGACUGUACCCAAGAACACCCAGUGUCCUUCCUCAUGAGUAGUUUGCUGAGGAAAGUGAUGCUCCCUGAGGCAUCCUUAUUGGUGACAACAAGACUCACAACUUCUAAGAGACUAAAGCAGUUGUUGAAGAAUCACCAUUAUGUAGAGCUACUAGGAAUGUCUGAGGAUGCAAGAGAGGAGUAUAUUUACCAGUUUUUUGAAGAUAAGAGGUGGGCCAUGAAAGUAUUCAGUUCACUAAAAAGCAAUGAGAUGGUGUUUAGCAUGUGCCAAGUCCCCCUAGUGUGCUGGGCCACUUGUACUUGUCUGAAGCAGCAAAUGGAGAAGGGUGGUGAUGUCACAUUGACCUGCCAAACAACCACGGCUCUGUUUACCUGCUAUAUUUCUAGCUUGUUCACACCAGUAGAUGGAGGCUCUCCUAGUCUACCCAACCAAGCCCAGCUGAGAAGACUGUGCCAAGUCGCUGCCAAAGGAAUAUGGACUAUGACUUAUGUGUUUUACAGAGAAAAUCUCAGAAGGCUUGGGUUAACUAAAUCUGAUGUCUCUAGUUUUAUGGACAGCAAUAUUAUUCAGAAGGACGCAGAGUAUGAAAACUGCUAUGUGUUCACCCACCUUCAUGUUCAGGAGUUUUUUGCAGCUAUGUUCUAUAUGUUGAAAGGCAGUUGGGAAGCUGGGAACCCUUCCUGCCAGCCUUUUGAAGAUUUGAAGUCAUUACUUCAAAGCACAAGUUAUAAAGAUCCCCAUUUGACACAGAUGAAGUGCUUUUUGUUUGGCCUUUUGAAUGAAGAUCGAGUAAAACAACUGGAGAGGACUUUUAACUGUAAAAUGUCACUGAAGAUAAAAUCAAAGUUACUUCAGUGUAUGGAAGUAUUAGGAAACAGUGACUAUUCUCCAUCACAGCUGGGAUUUCUGGAGUUGUUUCACUGUCUGUAUGAGACUCAAGAUAAAGCGUUUAUAAGCCAGGCAAUGAGAUGUUUCCCAAAGGUUGCCAUUAAUAUUUGUGAGAAAAUACAUUUGCUUGUAUCUUCUUUCUGCCUUAAGCACUGCCGGUGUUUGCGGACCAUCAGGCUGUCUGUAACUGUGGUAUUUGAGAAGAAGAUAUUAAAAACAAGCCUCCCAGCUAACACUUGGGAUGGUGAUCGCAUUACUCACUGUUGGCAAGAUCUCUGUUCUGUGCUUCAUACAAAUGAACACUUGAGAGAAUUGGACCUGUGCCAUAGCAACCUUGAUAAAUCAGCAAUGAAUAUCCUGCAUCAUGAACUAAGGCACCCAAACUGUAAACUACAAAAGCUACUGUUGAAAUUUAUCACUUUCCCUGAUGGUUGUCAGGAUAUCUCUACUUCUUUAAUUCAUAACAAGAAUCUGAUGCAUCUUGACCUAAAAGGGAGUGAUAUAGGGGAUAAUGGAGUAAAGUCAUUGUGUGAAGCCUUGAAACACCCAGAGUGUAAACUACAGACUCUCAGGCUGGAAUCUUGCAACCUAACUGUAUUUUGUUGUCUAAAUAUAUCUAAUGCUCUCAUCAGAAGCCAGAGCCUGAUAUUUCUGAAUCUGUCAACCAAUAAUCUGUUGGAUGAUGGAGUGCAGCUUUUGUGUGAGGCCUUAAGACAUCCAAAGUGUUAUCUAGAGAGACUGUCCUUAGAAAGCUGUGGUCUCACAGAGGCUGGCUGUGAGUAUCUUUCUUUGGCUCUCAUCAGCAAUAAAAGACUGACACAUUUGUGCUUGGCAGACAAUGUCUUGGGUGAUGGUGGAGUAAAGCUUAUGAGUGAUGCCCUGCAACAUGCACAAUGUACUCUGAAGAGCCUUGUGCUGAGGCGUUGCCAUUUCACAUCACUUAGCAGUGAAUAUCUGUCAACUUCUCUUCUACACAACAAAAGCCUGACGCAUCUGGAUCUAGGAUCAAACUGGCUACAAGACAAUGGAGUGAAGCUUCUGUGUGAUGUCUUUCGGCAUCCAAGCUGUAAUCUUCAGGACUUGGAAUUGAUGGGCUGUGUUCUCACUAAUGCAUGUUGUCUGGAUCUGGCUUCUGUUAUUCUGAAUAACCCAAACCUGAGGAGCCUGGACCUUGGGAACAACGAUUUGCAGGAUGAUGGAGUGAAAAUUCUGUGUGAUGCUUUGAGAUAUCCAAACUGUAACAUUCAGAGGCUCGGGUUGGAAUACUGUGGUUUGACAUCUCUCUGCUGUCAAGAUCUCUCCUCUGCUCUUAUCUGCAACAAAAGAUUGAUAAAAAUGAAUCUGACACAGAAUACCUUAGGAUAUGAAGGAAUUGUGAAAUUAUAUAAAGUCUUGAAGUCUCCUAAGUGUAAACUACAAGUUCUAGGGUUGUGCAAAGAGGCAUUUGAUGAGGAAGCCCAGAAGCUGCUGGAAGCUGUGGGAGUUAGCAAUCCACACUUAAUCAUUAAGCCAGAUUGUAACUAUCAUAAUGAAGUAGAUGUGUCUUGGUGGCGGUGUUUCUGAUUUGAAGAAACUGACAUUCCUUUACAAAUAUAAAUAUAAAUACAUACAUACAUAGAUAUAUACCCAGACUUGGGUGCUUAGCUUCAGAUACUCUAUGCCCAGAGAUAGUGCACUUGGCAGCUGUCAGAUACCAUUCAUCUACUUCUCUGUAAAAUGUCUGUUCUACUUCACACAGUGUUCGAGAGGCUAAAAUAAAAUGAAAAGCAUAAAACUCUCUGAAAAGUAUGUUUUUAAUUGGAUACAGAGCUUAAGAAUGCAGGUAAGGGAAGCCUGGAUAUGAGGCUAGAGGAUGCGGACAGGGAAGAUCAGUUAAAAUGCCUUGUUUUUUCCUUACUUCCACUGACAUGGCUUAGUUCACAGCCCUGCUAUCUCUGGCACCUUGUAUUAAAAUGUGUCUCCAUAUGUGUUCUUGGGAUCACCAGUGUCAAGAUCACUUGGGUAUCUGUCUUAAAAUGGAGAUUCCUGAACCCCACACUAGACUUACCAAAUCAGAAUGUCUGGGUAAGGGUCCUUAGCAACCAGCAUUUUUGAUAAUUUCCCAGGCAAAUUCUUAAGUAUACUAAUAGUUGAGAAUCACUAGUUUCAAUAGAAAUGGGAGUCUACUUCUACAAUGAACACUUUCUAUAGCUUAUUGUAAAGAUAAGGAGGAUUAAUUUCCUUUAAGGGAAUAUAAGGUUAUUUGGGCUAGAGCUGGAAACAGAUUCUUUCAUUUGGCAAGAGCAUGACACAAUAAAUUUUGUGUGUGUGUGUGAAAGACUGUUCUGGUUAUUUAUUGAUCAUGUAACAAACUAUCCCAAAACUUGGUGGCUUAAAACAAUAAUGAUUUUAUUAAAUCUCAUAACUUGGAUUGGAAUUCAGAAAGGGCCCAGCUGAGCAUUUCUUAUACUCCACGUGGUAUCACUUGGGGUCCCUUGGUGGUAUUCACCUGGCAGCCAGAUUGCUCUGGAGGCCCCAGAUAACUUGUACAUGUCUGCUGCCUUGGCAGGGAUGGCUGAAAGGCUGGGAUGAGCCAGACCCCUUUUCCUGUUAUCAGCUGGAAGUCUAGUGGUUCUCAGCAAUUUUGAUCCUUGCCCCCUCAGAGGAAAGAAUUCAACUGAGAGGCAGAAGUAGGUUUAAAGCAGAGGCAAAGUUUAUUAAAGAAAGCAAAGUACACUUGGAAGAAAUCAAGCAGGCCACCUGAGAGAUUCAAGUGUCUCUCUUGAUCCUUGGUUUGAGACUUUAUACAUUGACUCAUCUUCCAGGCUCUUCUCCUCUGUUGAUCCCUCCCUUGGGUGGGUUGUUGCUUGAUUACCUGUGUGCAGUGGCCUGCCAGCACUUGUGAGAGGCCCCGUGCACGGUGUGUUUACUGAAGUUGUAUGCAUGCUCCCUUGGGAUGAUUUUUCCUUACUGGUCGAGCUCCCCCAGAGGAAGGUCAUAUACAGGUCAAAGUCCACCAUCUUGCUCCCCUUUGCACAAACUUGAAACUUUAUCAGGGAUUGUGGUUUGCUGACUCCAGGUGUUUUCUAUCUGUUGGAGGAGUCCUUUCCUUCCUGGUGGCAGUUGUGGCCACUUAUUGUCUCAGAGAGAUAGUUUUAUGCUCACCUGUCCUUCACCUGAUGAGAGCCAGACAUCUCUGGGGGCCCUCCCUUGUCCUGUUCAUUAUCUCAGAGGAAAAGGUUUACGAGUGCUUGACUGUGGCUCAAGAAUUGCUUGGCAUUCCUGGGGGCCCUCUCUCCUGCCCUGCUCUCAUAUCUGUCUAACUACUUACUCUAACAUUGCUUGUAGUCUUAGGGCCUCUCCAUGUGGUUUCUGCAGUGUGGGGAUUCAGGAUUUGAAAGGGCCAAGAGGAAGCUGCCAUUUAUCUUAAAAGCUAGGCCCAGAACUGGCAUAAAGUCACUUCCAUAAUCCUCUAUUAGUGAAAAUAGUACAGGCCAGCUCAGAUUCUAGGACAAUCAAUUGUUGAUGGGAGUAGUGUCAAAGAAUUUGUGACCUUCCUUAGUUCACCACAAACUUAAUGUUUUUCUCCUUGUCUAUGGGAGAAAAUAAAGCCUUUUAACUUAUUGUAAGGCAAAAACCAACACUUUUUCUUUGAUAAGACUGUCAAUUCCCAUGCAGUUCUGGUCACCAAAAUGUGUGGGUUUUUACCACACCAAGCAAUUUUCCAACACCAGCUGGGUGUCCUAUAAUUCAAUUCUAUUCUGAUAUUAUCAUCCUGGAGGUAGCAUUGUAUCCCACAGGUGAGGAUCUCAGUCCCACAAGACUCUCCCCUAUUUGAAGUACCAAUUGCAAGUCCCAGGUUGUGACCUGUUCUUCUGACAAACUGGCCAUAAGUCAGGGUUCCCACAACUCUCUUUUCCUUGGGUUCCAUAAUUUGCUAGGAUGGCUCACAGAACUCAGGGAAGUACUUUGCUUAUGUUUACCCAUUUAUUAUAAGAGAAUAUUUCAAAUGAUACAAAUGAACAGCCAUAUGAAAGAGACACAUAGGGUGAGGUUCGGAAGGUUCUAUCCCUGUGCAUUUGGCUUGUGCUACCUUCUCAGCACAUGGAUGUGUUUAGCAACCAGGGAGCUCUCUGAAUCCCAUCUUUUUGUGGAAGCUUCAUUAGGUAGGCAUGAUUGAUUAAGUCACUGGCCAUUGUCAUAAACUCAACCUUCAGCAUCCCCUUGCUUCUUUGGAGGUCAGGAUGGGGAGUGCUGAAAAUUCCAACCCUUUAAUCACAUGGUUGGUUCUCCUAGCAACCAGCCCCCAUCCUGAAACUAUCCAGGAGCCUCCAGCUACCAGCCAUCUCAUUAGCAUACAAAAACACUUAUUGCUUCAAAUAUUCCCAAAGUUUUAGGACCUGUGUGCCUUGAAAGGGGCCAGGAAAUCACACUCGUAUAAUAUCCCCUGAGUCAUUGUGGAGGACUGGAGAACAGACCUUGGCAGUCAGAGGGGGCAAAUGGUUUUCGUGAAAAUUUGCAAGUAAUGUUACUGGUGCUGAUAUCCACACAAAACAGUAAUACUGCUGCUCACAUUUGGCAUAGGUGAUACAUAGAGAGGUGGCUUUACUGAGGUUGAUUCCCAGUGAGGACAGUCUUGCUAGUUAGAGGAAGCUAACCGGGGCUAUUAUAACAAACACAGAAAAGAAAGUAUACACCAAAGUGGUGACACCUCUUUCACAUGAUAGCCUUGGGCUGCAGUCAUCGUCUCAUCCUUCACAGACAACAGGAUUUCCAAGCUGCCCAAGGAAAACUCCAACAAAGAACAAUGAUCCUUAGGUCAUGCAGACCUCCUUGAUGGCACCCAGAAGUUUGAUCACCCUAGAGAUGCAGAUAGCUUUGAUCAUCGGGGAUCUCCCCUCCUGCACGUCUACCUUAUUCAUAAAAGCCCACAGUUAUGUUCGAAGGCAGGUCAAAUUUGAGAGCUCAUCUCUCCUGCCCUCUCACUUUAGCCAAAUUGAAUAAACUUUUAUCUGCUCCUAAGG